ACAAUAUUAUUGUUAAUCACUAAUAUACAUUUUAGCGCUCAAAUUAUCAAGUUUUUCAUUUUUUUUUGCAAUUUAUUAGUUAAAACUUAAUAUAAUAAAGACUAUGCAUAACACGACACAAAAUUUGAAUCAUAUUUUAUCACGUCUUUCUUGUUGUAUUCAAUUUAUACUUUUUAUUUCGUGGUCAUUGAUGAUUUUAAUAUAACUUUAUAACUUGAGAACAAGGUCUUACUUUCCUUACCAUGUUCUAUUAUUAAAAAUCAACUAUACAAUUUAUCUAUUUUUUUUUUAAUUAAAAAUGAAUAAAAAAUUGUUUUUAGCAAUGAGUCGUCGUCGCAUAUCGUGCCCAUUAGCUGUACAGCAAUUAUGGGAUGCUGUGAAGGUAAUACGCUUUCAAAGGCAAGUUCCAGAUAUAGAUAGGAUUACAAAAUAUAUGACUAAAGUACAUAAUAUGCCAUCAGAAGAAGUUGGUAGACAACUUAAUUAUUGUGUACGCGAUGGUCUUUUAAUUUUAACUAAAAGAGUUGGCAAUAAAGGAUCUAAAGUUGGUGUUGAAACUGAAGGCUAUAAACUUCCUGAAGAAAAGGUUGAUAAAGAUAGUCAUGAUUGGUAUUGUUUUCAAUGUCAUAGUGCUGGAGAUGUUAUAAGUUGUACUUCAUGUCAUCGUGUUUACCACCUAUCAUGCAUUGAAAAAGAAGAUUUACCUGAUGAUGAUGUGAAACAUAAGUUUAUAUGUUUUGUUUGCAAGAAAAUCACAUCAGCUAGAGAGGCAACAAAAAAAAUCAAGAAAAGUCAGCUUAAUAGGCUGCUUUAUCAUACUACUAUGAGAUUAAAAGAAAAAAUCCCAUUACCUUGGGUGGAACGAAAAAUUGCUACUACUGCUCCAUCAACAUAUGUGUCAGAUAGGCUACAGUUUCAGAGUCAGUUAAAAGGAAGUGACUUACAGUUUAACAUGAAGUCUGCUCUAAAAGAUAAAGAUCCAUGGAGAAUAGAUCUUCUUAUUUUUAAGAUAAUUGAUCUUCAAUUAAUAGAAGAAAAAGCUGAUAAUGAUGAGUAUAAAAAUGUUGAAGAAUUCCGUGCUGAUAUUUUAACUUUUGUUCACAAUAUAAUCAUAUUUCAUGGAGUACAUAGUAGCUUAGCAGAUUAUGGACGAUUAAUGCUGCGAGAUUGUAACCGAGAUUUAGAUGAAAUAUUGAGAUGUCGUUAUUGUUAUAAGCAUUCAAUUCAAAAAAAUACUAAAUUUUGGUUUUGUAAACCAUGUAAACCACCACAUGAACUUGUAUAUGCUAAACAAGAAGACUUUCCUUAUUGGCCAGCUAAGGUAUUAAAAAUUGAUGGUGAUUCAUAUAAAGUGAGAUUUUUUGGUGGCGAUCAUCAUCUUGGAACUAUUGAUAAAUCACAAAUAAGACCAAUAUCUGUAAAUAUUCAUACUCUACAGUCUCAAGGUCGUACAUCUCAGUGGAAUAAAGCCUGUGAAGAAUUACGUCGUCAUCAAUUGCAGUUGGAUAAAAUAAUUUUUGGACUUGCUCCACAGUCAUCAUCAAGUUCAUCAUCCGAAGAUGAAGAAGAAUCUCUAAAAAUUGAUGAAAAAUUCCAGCCUGAUGAUAUUAAACCUUCUGAUCUACCUUUAGAAGAUAAAAAUAAUAUGUCUUUGUUGACAAAUGAAACUGAAGUUGAAUUGAAAUCAGAAGAAAUUGUAUCUGAUUUAAAAGAAGAGGAUAAUAAAGACGAAGAAGGUGAUCUUCCUUUAAAAAGAAAGCGUGGUAGACCUCCAGUAUUAGAAACCAAAAUUGUUACACCUCCCAAAAAAAUAUUAAAAAAAUCUUUAACCCCUAAAAAAUCAAGUCCAGAAAUUUUAAAUGAAAAACGCCCCAGAGGAAGACCAAAAAAACCAUGUGAUCAAACAGAUGAUGAUAAUGUUGUAAGUUCCAAAUUAAAAUCAAAAAACAAUUCUAAGGAUAAUACUUCAAUAGAAGUGUCUAAAGGAAUAAAAAGUGUAUCACCUAAAACUAAAUUUCAACUUAAAGAUAGCGAAACUGAUCAAAAUAUAACAUCUACUACUGAACGGUUGAAAAAUUCUGAUGUUGGUGAAGAUGAAAUUGUCAGCUCUUCAUGUCAAGAUUUGGUACGAUCUGUUAAAGUUCAAACUAAACCAAUAAAUAAAAAACCUCCUAAAAGUCUAAUAAACAAAAUUCGCACUGAAAUGGAAAAUGAAAAGCGUAAAGCAUUGGAACAACUUGUACAGCGACAUAAGGAAGAAAUAGCUCUUUUACAAGAAAAUCAUAAUAUUGCCUUAUCUGAAGUAAAAAAAAAGCAAUGGUGUGUUAAUUGUGAAAGUGAAGCAAUUUAUCAUUGUUGUUGGAAUACAGCAUAUUGCAGUCCUAAAUGUCAACUUGUUCACUGGAGUAGUGAACAUAAAAGGCAUUGUCGUCGUAAAAGAUAAUCUUAGUAUAAUUUAUUUGAUUAUAGGAAGAUUAUUUAAUAAGUGAAUCUCCAUAUUAAU